UUUUUUCAUGUUUGGUUCUAUUAAAGUUUUUUGCACUGUUAAAUUUCCUUUAAGUUCACAUUUAGUUGAGAAGUAGGUUGCCAUGUGAGGUGCUAGAUAGAGUUACUUGGUACUCAGAGGCGAAUCCAUGAUUUUAGCUAUGUGGACUCAACAUUUAUUAUUUUUGACGUUGAAUCCAUUAUAUUUUUAAAGUUAUGUGUUCAUAUCUACUAUUUAUUGUUAUUUUUGUAGAUCUUUAUCCAUAAAUUUAUACUGCAUAUGGAAAGUACUGGGGUCAGAUGAAUCCGUUGGUUGAAGGCUGCAUCCACCCCUGUCGGUACCUAUGUUGGUGGAAGAUAGUAGGUAUCUUAUGGAAUAGCAGUAGGUAUCUUAUGGAUUAGUUCAGGAGUGCAUAAGUUGAUUUGGACACAACCAUUAUAUGAAAAAAAUUAGGUUGCUUUGUGAGCUUAGCAAAAAAGCCUCAUGAGUGGGAGGUGAUGGAGAAGAAGUGUAGUGCCUUCAAAGGUCUAUAGUUGCUAACAUUUAGGUAUGUAUUUGUAAUUUUGUAUGCAUAUGUAUUUGUAUGGUUAUGAUAUUGGUGAAGUACUAGAAGGAGAAGAAAGAUAGAAGAAAGAGUAAAAGAAUGAGAGAAGAAUAAGGGAGGUUUCCUUAGUGUUCUCUACUUCCGGCCAAGAGAGGUUGCUUUGAGCGCUUUGUAUCCAAUCAAGAGGUUGAUAGUUCGAGUCACUAAGGUAGGAAGGGAAGAAAGUGCAAAAACUUGUUGACUUAAGAAGAGGAUUUGGAUUUUGUAGGGCGUUGUUUACCAAAAUGGGAACAAAAAAAGAAGGUAGAGGUAAAUUUAAGCAUUGGUCGCGUAAGGUGUUAUUUAAGUAUGUUGCAAAUAAAGUAUAUGAAGGUCUUAUUUAUAUGUCACUCUUUCCUUUUUAGUCUGUUUUAAAGGAGUGACAUUUUUGUAUAUUUGAAAGUUCUUUAACUUCAAACUUUUCAUCUUACUCCUAAUGACAUGCUGUUAUAGCAUAGAAAUGUCAUAACAUAUUUAAGACCACAACUUAUAAGGGUACUUUUGAUAUGUGCCAAAAAUAUUUCUUUCAUAAACUAUUUGCUUAGUCAAACAAUGCUAUACAAAAUAAAAAGGAGGAGGUAUGAUUAUCUCUAAUAGGAGUAAUAGAUUAUUCUUCAGCAAGGUAAAGACAAAUAACAUAAUAAAUAGAAGAUAAUGAUAAAGUUUUCUUUGUGAUUUACAUCAGAUAUAUCGUCGGCCAUAAUUUGCCGUUUGGAUUUUAUGACUAGAUAUUUACUUCCUCGCAGCUAGUUUUUGCUUAUCUCGCUAAUGUUGGAUGGACUUUGUGAAAGUAAAUAAAGUUAGUGUUAAUGCUUGUUGAAUUGCUGGCUGGCAGCAGUGGCACAGCUAAAGGGGUGGAUGUGAAGGCAAGUCUCUGAAAGUACUGGACAUAGUGGACCCACUAUAUUGGAUAAAGAGCACUCUCCAAUUGAUGCCUGAAGCCUAUACUCUAUGUCGCCAAUAUGUCCAGCACCUCUUUGCCGCCAGUUUUGGAAAGCUGGGAACUACGAUGACGGGCUUUUUUCCAAGUCUUCCCCUAAAAAUGGGGCCAGUUUCCUGCGUAUACACCCCAAGUUCCUUCACUCGAAUGCCACUUCACAUAAGUGGGCAUUUGGGGCCAUAGCUGAACUGGUUGACAACGCUGUUGAUGAGAUACAAAAUGGGGCCACCUUCGUCAUUGUAGAUAAACUAUUAAACCCGAAGGAUGGAAGUUCAGCUUUAUUAAUUCAAGAUAAUGGUGGUGGAAUGGACCCCGAAGCCAUGCGUUGCUGUCUGAGUUUUGGAUUUUCCGAUAAGAAGUCCGAAGCAGCCAUUGGACAGUACGGAAAUGGUUUCAAGACAAGUUCGAUGAGACUCGGGGCUGACGUUAUUGUAUUCAGCCGCUGUAUGAAGAACAGGCAAUGGACACAAAGCAUCGGUCUUCUCUCCUAUACAUUUUUGACAGGGGAAGGCCUUGACAGAAUAGUGGUUCCUAUGGUUGAAUAUGAGUUCAUUUCAACAACUGGCAAAUGGAAUUCAAUCCGCCCUGAACAGCAUUUUGUGAAUAACCUCUCAUUGUUGUUGCAGUGGUCUCCAUUUUCAACGGAGGAAGCCCUUCUUAAGCAAUUGGAUGACAUUGGUGAUCAUGGGAGUAGGAUCAUAAUCUACAAUUUGUGGCUAAAUAAUGAAGGCAAAAUGGAGCUUGACUUUCAGUCAGAUCCUGAGGAUAUUCGUAUCUCUUGUGAUGCAGAAAGUGGUAAAAGUUGCUCCAGCACGUCAGUAAGUGACCUGCAUCUUGCCAACACUCUUCAGUAUUCACUCCGAGCAUAUCUAUCUAUCCUGUAUUUGAAAAUCCCUGAAAACUUUUGCAUAUGGUUGCGCGGACGCAUAGUAGAGUAUCAUAACAUUGCUAGAGAUCUCAAGUAUCCAGAAUUUAUCGUGUACAAACCUCAAAAUGGUGGAUGCAAAGAGGGUUCCGUCAUUACUUCCAUUGGCUUCCUAAAGGAAGCUCCACUGGUGAAUAUUCAUGGUUUCAAUGUCUACCACAGGAAUCGUUUGAUACUGCCAUUUUGGAAUGUGGCAGGCUCUUCUACCGCUAGAAGCAGAGGGGUUGUAGGUGUUCUAGAAGCAAACUUUAUUCAGCCAACUCAUAAUAAACAGGACUUCGAGAAAACACCCCUCUUUCAAAAGCUCGAGAACCGAUUAAAGGAGAUGACAUGGGAGUACUGGGAUUAUCACUGUGGACUAAUUGGUUAUCAUGCAACUAAAAGGCUUCAUAAACCUUCUCAGGUUUCAUCAGAAUCUAGACAGAAACAUGCAACCACGAAAAGGAAAGACCAUGAUCAUUCAAUAGAACCUGAAAUUCUCAAACGAAAGGCGGGAUUAAAGGUCAAUCUAACUGGUCCCGAGUCCAUUCAAAAUCUGCCUGCCACCACUACCACAAGUCACUUGGAAGAUCAAGAGAUUGUCCUCCUCCUUAAAGAGAACAAAAGGCUCUACGCACGAUGCUCUGAAUAUGAGAAGAUGGAUGAGGAACUUAAUGCUAAGGUAACUUUGCUAAGGAAGGAACUGAAGGAAGCCCAGCGCGAAUAUGGUCGGUUGCUAAUUGAAUCAGGAUCCCUGGAUUACCCCAAGAUGGAAAGUACUGUUACUCUAUAGAUAAUACUUGUUAUAGUGCUCGUAUGUAUAUAUUUUUGUAAACUUUAAGAAAUCCCGUGCUCAGCUUCUAUUUGCUUGUAAGAAAGGGAGCUAACUUGCUAUAGUGCUUGUAUGUACAUAUUUUCUGUAAACUAUAUAUUUUUCUUCUGUC